CCGGAUGUAUUUUAUUUUGAAAGGAACUUGUGAGUGCCUCAGUAAAAAGUAAAACCCGUUAUUAUAGAAAAAUGUAACACUGUUAUAUUUUUAAUUAUUGUAAAUAUUCAAAGGGCUUAAUUAGACUGGAUGAAUUAAUUCAUUUAUUAAGUUAAAAAUGAACGGAUUAAUCGAUAAAUUAAUAGAUUUAUGACAGAAUAAAAAUAACAACGUGUUUUUCUAAAAAGGUCAAGUGGGACGACGUCUCUUGCUGGGGUUUGAUCGGUAAGAAGCUGGACCAAAUGAUUCUUUUCUAAGGUUGCAGACCCCUGCUUAUUUUUUGCCUUUUAACCAUUGACUGUAAAAAUAAUGUUCUUCUUGUAUACAGUCAAUGCUUUUAACGGGCGGUAUGUGACCGGAAGUGACAUCAGCUGUAAAAUAACGAAUAUAUAUUUUUUAUUUUUAUUUUUCAAGUUUUAAAAGCCAUAACUACAGCGAUACUUAACAUAUUUUUCCAGGAGAUGUAUUUUUCAGAUGUUUUUUUCUUGAACUAAUUAAGUAGGUUGACCUACAAUCCCAUGAUGCAUUUGUCUUUUGCCAUCUUGUCGGGUUAGCUUGCAUUUAGCUCCCAAUUCUUGGGGUGAAGGGGGUUUUCUGUCAGCCUGCUGUUAAUAGCAGCUGCCAAAAGUGAGCUGUCCAUUAAACGGAAAACUCAACAGGCUUUUAGACGUUUUUGUAAUUUUAGUAUUAGGUUGUACAGUAUUAUUUUGAAAGUUGUUAAAUUUGUUUACAUCAUGACGUUGCACACGCUUCUACAGAGGCAGGAAAAACUAGCCGACACUAGCUAACUUGGCUCACUGGUGAGAAGUACAUGCAUCGCUGGGGAGGAAAAGUGGACCGGGAGACUGGGCCCGAAACGGAGAAAAGUACCGACGGGAGUUGCUGAACAAGAUUUUUAACAGGAACUCGGUUGUUGCUUUUUGUUGUGGCUUUUAAAAGGACAAACUGGGAAUUAAAAGGCCAAAAGAGCGGAGCUUUCAGUCGUGUUUCGUCACAGGACUACAGAAACGCCUUUGGACUUUUUUCUGGUUCUGCCCUCGCCUGUCACACUUUUAUUGGACAGCAUUGACAGAAGAACAGUGCGGAAAUGUGUUGUAAGGGUACGUGUUUUACUCUUAUCCUCCAACUGUGAGUUGUUUCGCCAUUAGCGCAGCAUUUCUUUUCAUCCGAGGGGUUGAAUAUCUUCGUAGGCAACAUGUCGAAAAUGCCAGGAAAGAGAAGUUGCUUUCAAAUUACAAGUGUAACUCAGGCUCAGGUGGCGGCCAACUGCCUACCCGAUGACCCAGAGAGCCAGGACGAUCCGGACGAGUCGCGGACAGAGGACAUGCCACCAGAGGCAUUUGACGUGUGUCGGGUCGAUCAGGGGGCGUGUGCCACGAACUGUUCAGAGGAAACUUAUGGAGGAGAUUCUCUGCCGAACCCAGCUCUUAUGAAUGGUGGGUUUUAUCUCAAGAGUUCAGCUUCUGGUCGUCUAACUCCAAGCAUGCCUGCUUCGAACCUUACAGCUUCUUCUGUGCUCACCAGUGUGGCCCAAACUGCUCCCAGCAUUAGUUAUAGCUCCCGUUUCAGAGUCAUUAAGCUUGACCAUGGUACUGGAGAGCCCUUCAGACGGGGCAGGUGGACUUGUAUGGAGUUCUAUGAAAAAGAUUCUGACUCUAAUCGGACUGUGGACAGUCUAAAGUCAGCUGUCAGCCUCGAUCACAGUACUGAUCGAGACAGUGUCUUGGGGGCCACCAGCAAUUCUUUUGUCAGCAGCAGUACAUCCUCUGCACAGGGUUUGGAGAGCACUACAGAUAGUGGCUACUUUGCUUCUGUAGGGAACCCCUCCCACUCCUACAAUUCAGAGUCCCAGCAGCAAGACUACAGCUUGUCUCCUCGGAAAGGGAGCGGAGCAAGUGCCUUCAUGCCCACCGGGUAUGCAACUACUGGAUCACUGCAGGCUAAACAGGCUCAGGUCAAUGUGCAGCCCAUUACUCCUCAGACUUUUUUGUCUAACAGCCUCAAUGGUGUGCACCACGGUUCCAUGCAACAGAUGUCACCAAGUAUACCUCCUGCUACUCAAGCACAGCAGCUCGACUAUUCUGCUCAUCCCACUGGGCUCUCAGACUAUCAUCAACCACAUUUCGGCUCUGGUACCCAGAACCUUCCCCUUACGUCCUCCGUGGGGCUGUCAUCCAGCCACAUAUCCUCACCUCAAAUCACUUCUCCUGGUCCAACUAAGCGAAGGGUCGGUUCAGAAACAGGCUCAGCUCCAUCUGUUCUGUCUCCCAUCCACACACAACAGCAGCCUGUCAGCCAACCUCAGCUUCCAGGAGGAUUAGGCGUUGCCUUACCACUCUCCUCCACCACCAACUUAAGUAGUGGUGGCCAGAAUGUGCCUCUUUCAAUGACCAGUGCAACCAGCAUCCCCCAAGGUGUGUCGGGCCCAAUGCCUAGCUCUCAUGGAGCAGCAGUCCAUCAGCCAGAAGAUAGUAGGCAAAAAAUGGAAUUUCUACCUCAGCAUAUCUCCACAGUUGCUCGACAGGAUGGCAUAAGGACUCCCAUAACUGAUGGCUUCGACCUGAAAAGAUCCCCUGUCAACAACCUGUUCAACAUUCAUAUUUCCAUGGAUGUUGAUGACGAAAGGAAUCCCUCCACUGCAUUCUACCAGGCUUUCCGACCUAGCAGAUUACGGUGGUCAAAGCCCAUCAGCGAUAGGUACGAGGCUUGGGUGUGUUAAUGGAUGCGUUUGGCCUGCCCUUGCUGACAAAACCAGACUGCAUUGGUUGCUGUUCUGCACUAAACAAACACAGUGGUCUUCAGAGGUGGUCACGAGGGUGCUUUUGGAAUUGAAAGAAUUUAAGUUUGUCCAGAAAAUGAUUAUUAUGACCUUUUAAUCAAUGUGUUUUAUUCAUUUAGAUUGUCAUGUUUUUAACUGAUCUUUACUUUUAGCCAUAAAAUUGUAAAAAAUGUGCUUAUUAGAGAUUAUCUUAAACUGUUGAAAAUGGGAAUGAACACAAAGUAGAAGCAAACCAGUGGGAAUUAUGGGGUCCUGGAACAUUAUCUUCAAUUAUAAAAGUGUCUACCAUGUCCCAGUAUACAACUAUUAUUUUGAAACUUUCACCACCUCAUGCCCAUAGUCUCAUGGAAACAUGCUCACCAAGAUACCACUGGUAUUUGCACCGUAACCUGUCUGCAUCCCUACAACUUUUUUACUGAUGGCACAUGCAUUUUUUUCUUCUGGACUGACUGUCACUAAACAUACUUAUCUAAUUGAUAUACUAACAGAACCCAUAAACUGUUUUGUCUUUUAUAUUUUUAUAUUUUGAAAACCAAGAGUCCUACUUUCAUUUCCACUUUUGGUCCAUACCUGCAAGUCUCAAACAUCGCAGUUCUUUAAAUGACCACUGCGGGUUGGUUUCAAAAGGCACCAAUUUUUCACAGACUUUAUUGUUGAAUAGUGAGACGACACCAGAAUAAUAACACAGGUUGAAAGAUAUUAGUAUACUUAGUUAUUUAAUUUGAAGAUUUUUUUUUUUGCAGUUGGUAAGAUUAUUGCUUGUGUGGGAAUUAUAGCCACUCAUCUUUAGAACAUCUUUUGAAAAACACCCUAGCUGCUGUUUUUGCAUUUUGGGAUGACAUUUUUAAGUAUUUUUCAACCCAACACAGUUUAUUCAAGCUCAUUUUAUGACUUUGGGAGUGCUUCAUUUUUGUUGUUGUUUUUUUUUUUAAACCUUCUGUGCGUGGUCGUGAACCUGCAAAUUUGCAUGUGUCUGUUUGGGUGGAUUGAUGUGUACCAUCUGUCAAACUUGUUUAAGCUGUUCUCCUACCGCCUUUUCUUUGUCUGGGCCACUUUUUAAAAAGACCUUUAAUCUCAGGAAGUGUCUUUUACUGGUUUAAUAAAACUAUAAAAAAUAUAAAUAAAAAUAGUUUAUUACUAAAUAGUUAACUAAAAUGUCAUUGUUUUAUUUUGUUGGGGCUUUAAACCUUGUUUUCCUUUUAAAAAUGUCUUAGUAGUAAGUGGCUUUUUUCACUCAUGGCAAAGGAAUAAACAGAUCUGUCUGUUCCUCUUCCAAAUCUUGUUUGCCUUAGGGUUCUUACAGUACAGAUUUUAUCAAAAGUUUUUAACUAACCGCUGGUAACCCUCCGGGAGACGCCUCAUUCCAGCCCUUUGUCUUCUGCCAGCUUUUUUGCAAGGUUGGACUUGUUUGAAGUAAAAUGAGAAUUGCUCAAAACUGUUUAAGGGCAAAGACGAGCAUUGAUGACUGAUUGAAUGAAUGAUUGACUUGAGAAAAAUGCAAGACCAUGGUUGGCCUCUGUGGGCCUAUUCAUCUGCAGUAUUAAGCUUACCUUUCUCCUACAAUGUAGUAAUCAUAACAUGCUAUCCUGUUUCUCUUUACGAUGCAGCCUCUACUGUGUCUGAGCUGAGGUUAGGGGAGGAAUGAAAAACAGGUUAUGGUCCAAAGUGACUCUUAAAAAAAAAACCCUUUAAACUAAUAAUUCAACUCAGCAUACACACUCAGCUUAAUACAGCAUCAGCAAAAAUAAAAACUAAA